AUGAGAUAUAAUAGCAUUCUCGUUUUAUUAAUAUUCAAAACAAUAAUCUUUCCAAGUAAUUUUUAAAAUAUUCUAGCCUAAUGUUGUUAGACUAAUUGUUAAUAGUGCGUAAUUUCUAUUUGUUUGUAAUGUAAUCCAGGUUAUUAUUUGAGUGGUAGUCUUUGUUAUUCAUGCAUUUAAUCGUGCAUUGUUUGUAGUUCAUCAACUGUCUGCACAUAAUGCAAUGAUAAUUAUUGGUUAAAUGGUAACUCUUGUAGUCCAUGUACAAAACCAUGUGCUAAUUGUUUAACGAAUGGAAAUAUUUGUAAUACUUGUGUUGAUACUAUAAAUUAAACACCCCCUCAAUGUAAUUGUAAGGAUGGAUACAUAAUGAAUACUUUAACAUAUUUAUGCGAUUAAUGUUAACAUCCAUGUGCUACAUGUUAAAUAACAAUAAAUCAUUGUUUAACAUGUAUAGAUAAUAUUAAUUAAACUGUUGAUGCAUUAAAUUAAUGUAAAUGCAAUUCUGGUUUUUUGAUGAAUGGAGUAAAUUGUGAAGCUUGUCUAAAUCCUUGUCUAUAAUGUUUAGGAAGUGCAAAUUAUUGUACUGAAUGUAAAGAUGUAGAACAUUAUAUAUCUAAUGGAUAAUGCAUUUGUAAUAGUGGUUAUAUUAAUGAUAAUAACUAUAAUUGUAUACCUUGUUAAUAUCCUUGUUCCACUUGUUCAAUAAAUGAUAAUCAUUGUGAUAGUUGCACAGAUCCUAAUCAUUAAAUUAAUGCAUUUUUUCAAUGCAUAUGUAAGGAAACUUACUAUUCAAAUACUAUUAAUACAUGUGCAAUAUGUAUAUAACCAUGCGCCUAAUGUGACAUUAAUGGAUGUUUAACAUGUAUAGAUUCUAAUUAAAUAAUAAAUUCUUCAUAAAAUUGUAUUUGUAAAUAGGGGUAUUUUUAAGUAGGCUUUAAUUGUUAAUAAUGUGUAAUGCCAUGUUAAACAUGCGAAUUAAAUUAAGAUCAUUGUUUAACAUGCAUUGAUAUUAAUUAGACUCAAAUCAACAAUUUAUGUAUAUGUAAUGAUGGAUAUUUUGAAAUAAAUAAUAAUUGUUAAAUAUGUUAAAUUCCAUGUACGAAAUGCAAAAUAUAAAAUGAUCACUGUCUUGAAUGUUUAGAUCCAAAUCAUGAAUUAAUUAGUAAUAAAUGUGUAUGUAAAUAUGGAUUUGGCACUUCAGGAGUUAAUAAUAUCAAUUGCUCACUCUGUUAAUAUCCUUGUCUUGAUUGCUCAAGUAGUACUAACACUUGUCUCUCUUGUAUAGAUAAUAAUAGAUUCAAACUUGAAAAUAACAAAUGUGUAUGUAAGCAAGGUUAUUUUGAUAUAGGAACUGAUUGUUUAAAAUGUUCAUCAUAAUGUUCUACUUGUUCAGAAUAAUCUAGUAAAUGCUUAUCAUGUUCUGACCCUAAUCAUGUAUUAUAAUUAAAUGAUUGUUAUUGUAAACCAGGUUAUUAUACAGAUAGUUAUAAGAAUUGUUUACAAUGCUAACUACCUUGUCUAACUUGUAAUUAAGAUUUUUGCACAUCUUGUUAAGAUGAAUAUUAUCUUGUUGAAGGAUAAUGUAUAUGUAAAGAAGGAUAUUAUUAUGUUGAUUUUCAUUGUGAAUAAUGUAAUUAGAAUUGUAGUAAAUGUAAUUCACAAUUUGAAUGUACCGAAUGUAUAGAUUAAUAUUAUUUAUAAAAUACUUAAUGUUUAAAAUGUCAAAUCCCAUGUUUAUAAUGUGUUGAUAUUUAAACCUGUAAAACAUGUUCUGAUAAUUAUAUUAUUGAUGAUCAAGGGAAAUGUAUAUAAUGCAUCUAAAAUUGUGAAUAUUGUAUUGAUUCAAUUAAUUGUGUUAAGUGUUUUGAUGAAUUCUAUUAUCAUGAUUAGGCAUGUAUCCCUUGUUCUAAUUAAUGUUAGACAUGCGAAAAAAAUAGUAAUUUUUGUACAUCCUGUAAAGAUUCAAAAUAAAUAUUAAAUAAAAAAACAGGUAUUUGCUAUUAAAUUAAUAAUUAUGGAGAUUAAUAUGAUUAUGAUAAUUUAGAAUAAAUAUUAUUACUCCAAGAUAUCAGAUGCAAUUAUAAUUAAUUAUUAAUAGGUUAUGAAUGUAUUAAUUAAUGUGGAAAUGGUAUACUUAAUGAAUAAUAUGAAUAAUGUGAUGAUGGUAAUCAACUUGGAGGAGAUGGAUGCUCAUUCCUUUGUAUUCAAGAGGAUUCAUAUUUGUGCAAACACUAUGUAAAUUCUCCUAGCAUAUGUUCAUUUAUUUAACCUCCAGAUUUUAGAUUGAAUCUUCUCUCAAAUUAAUAAAAUCAAAUUAAACUUAUUGAAUUAAGUUUUACAUAAAAAGUUAAAAUACCAACUGAUUUAAAUUUUGAAGAAAUUGCAAUAAUUUCAAUUAUUCCAUAAACUCGCAUUAAUAUAAAUAUACUUAAUAUAACAAGUCUAUCAACUGAAUUUGAAUAUCCAAAAUAUUAAAUUAUCGUUGAAUUUUUAGACUCUGUAGAAGAUGCUUAUCUAUAAAUAGAAUUUGCUUAAUCACUUAUCAAAAAUGAAUUUGAUUUAGAUUUAAUUACAUAUUAGAUGUAAUUAAAACUUGGAAAUCCUUUUAUACUUUCAUAAUAAAAUUAACAAAAAUUGACAUAAAUUGUCCUUCUCAACGAUGCAAUUAUGUAUUCAAUGAUUAGUAUAUCUGGAUUAGCAUUUCUGACUGGAAAUGCUAUCAUGUUUUUUAAUUUAAUCGAUCUUUUAUAAUCUUUAUCCUAUAUAAGAUAUAUGUAAUAUGAUUUCCCACCUCAUUUAAUAUAAUUCUUGAACACAUAUUCUAAAAUAUCUUUAAAACCUCUUUUGGAUCAUUUAAAGAUUGAUGAAUUAUUUAAAUAUUUAAAUGGAGGUACACUGCCUUUUCAAAAUUCAAAGAAAUCUAAUUAGACUCAAUUAAAUCCAUUAAAUUAAUUUUACCUAUUGAAUGCUAAAGGUUGUUAUUUAUCAAUUUUAGUUUCAUUAUUGACAUAUUUAAUUUGUACACUAUUAACAUCUUAAAUAAUAUUAUAAAUUCAAAUAAAAUUAUUUAAGAAAAAUAAAUAAAAUGAAAAAUACCUUCGUUUUAUUCUAUUUUUCCAAAAGAAAAUACAAAAUUUUUGUGCUAAAUUUAAGAAAGAAUAUAUAUCUUUUGGUUUACCUAAAGUUUAUUUUGCUAUAUUGCAUCAAUUAUUUUUUAGUGCCUUGUUGUAAUUUCCUAAUUAUAGUUUUAAUUCUUUAUUUAUGACUUUUAAUAGCAUAAAUGCAAUAUUUUGUUUAAUUUUAAUUUUAUUAAUCAGUUUAUAAUUACUGUCAAUAACAUAAAUUAAAAUAAAAGAUAGACUAAAAUGGAAAUAUUUUUAUUAAGAUUCUUAACCUUAAUUUUGGGCUUUCAAUUAAAAAUCAUUCUAGAUUUACAGAAUUAUGGCUUAUAUAUUUAUGAUAGUUGAGGCACUUAAUUAUCCAGAAAUAUAAUCAAUUUUACUCUCUAUGUCCUCAUUUUUCUAUCUAUUAUACUUAAUUAAAUUUAGACCUCUAAAAUCUAAAUAUGAAGAGGCUAAACUAAUAUCAAAAGAGUUUUUUUUUAUACUCAUUUCAGGGUCAUUUUUGAUUUAUGGUUUUCAACUCAGUUUUAAUUAACAAUUAUAUUAUGGAUGGAUUCAUAUUGCACUUUUUACUCUUAUGCUUAUCUCCAAUUUGAUCAUUGAUUUAAUAGAAUGCAUAAAUAAAACAUUACAAAAACAUAAAAGAAAGUAAGAAAAAUUAUAAAAAAAAGAAAUUAAUAAUAAAAUGAAUCAACUUCAAUAAUUCAUUAUACUAGACACAAAUUAGUAAUACAAUAGUUAAGGAGGUAAACUAAAAAAUUGA